AUGCUCCGCCCUCUCGGGCGACGGUCGUGGACGUGCCGCAAAUGUCUUUCUCAACGACAAUCACGAGCCUUCGAAACCGCCGCGUCGCAAGCCCCCAAAUUCCACGCCGAUUACGUUCCAGCAGACAAUACCGCACCGAGAAAGACUAUUGAUGAUGAAACUCUACGCCGUGUGUUCGACUCGCAGCAGUUCUGGAAAGAGUUCUCGUACAAACGCGGCGCAGCCUCCAAGCGGGCAGGGUUGGUUCAGAACCAAUACUUGACAAGCCCAGAUGGCUUCCGAACUUUUGCCAACGUGUCGUUGCAGAAAUGCCAGGCGAUCGUGACAAAGGUAUUACAAGCGUCUACAUUGGAUGAAUAUCGGGCGCUGGCACGGAAUCUCGAUCGGCUCAGUGAUCUUCUAUGUCGCGUGAUCGAUCUUUCCGAUUUCAUUCGAACGAUUCAUUCCGAUCCCCGCAUUCAAGAAGCAGCGACGCAGGCGUACGCGCUCAUGUUCGAAUACAUGAAUGUCUUGAACACCACUACGGGCCUUCACGACCAGUUGAGCAAGGCUAUUGCGAAUCCUGAGGUGACCUCGCACUGGACCGAGGCGGAGACAAUCGUGGCACAGAUUCUCAUGAAGGACUUUACAAACUCGGCCAUUCAUAUGCCGCCAAGUGAGAGGCAGAGAUUCGUGAAUCUGUCCAACGAUAUUAGCCAGGUCGGCUCCGACUUCUUUGGUGGCGCAGAGCCAGCCAAGUCUCAGGUGGUCUUCAAUGCGAAUAGCCUCCAAGGCCUGGAUCCGUUGAUGGUACAGCGAAUUAAGAAGUGGAAUAACAAAGCUCCGGUGCCAACGGCCGGUAUAGUCCCCCGACUUGUGCUACGAUCUGUACGAGACGAGUCCGUUCGAAAGGAUGUAUACCUUGCGACUCGAACGUCUAGCUCUCGCCAAAUUCACCGAUUGGAGAAACUUUUGAUGAAGCGAUCGGAGCUGGCACAACUCUCCGGCUACAAUAGUUUCGCUAAUAUGACACUGAGCGAUAAGAUGGCCAAGACACCCGAGGCAGUGUCUAACUUCCUCACGUCGCUGAUCUCGAGCAACCGAGGACUUGUCAGUGAAGAGCUGUCCCAGCUGCAGCAAAUGAAGGGUAGCUCGCUGCAGCCAUGGGAUCAUGCUUAUUAUGUACACAAGCGAGUGAUGGAGUAUUCUCAGGCUCGCCGCUCACGUGAGUUAAGCUCCGUUCCCGAGUUCUUCUCUCUGGGUACCGUCAUGCAAGGCCUUUCUCGACUGUUUGAUCGUCUCUACGGUGUCCGGUUGGUACCUCAGGAGGCUGCUCCUGGUGAGACCUGGCACCCAGAUGUCCGUCGAUUGGACGUGGUCAACGAGGCCGAGCAGCAUAUUGCAGUCGUCUACUGUGAUCUGUUCUCGCGACCUGGCAAACAUCCUAACCCUGCCCAUUUUACCCUCCGUUGUUCGCGUGAGAUUUUAGCUGAUGAGGUAGCGGAAUGUGCCUCUAUGGAUCAGUCCGUUCACCCGAACGAUGGCAUGGCGACCGCGGUUGACCGGCAGACGAACACUUUGCGCCAGCUGCCCACCAUUGCUCUCGUGUGCGAUUUCCAGGAACCUGUCACAAAUGGCUCUGGUCGACCGACACUCUUGAGCGAGCAAAGCGUGCGCACUCUAUUCCACGAGAUGGGCCAUGCUGUUCACUCGAUCUUGGGCCAGACCCCCCUCCAGUCGAUUUCCGGCACUCGAUGCUCGACCGACUUUGCCGAGCUUCCUUCCGUGCUUAUGGAGAGCUUUGCUACCGCACCGGAAGUGCUUUCGCUCUACGCACGACACUGGAAGACGAACGAGCCUCUGUCGGAGAGCAUGAUGCGUAGCAUGGAGCAGGACCGUAAUGCCCACGGAUCGAUCUAUGGAGCCGUUGAAAAUGAGGCGCAGAUCCUCAUGGCUCUAGUUGACCAGGCCUACCACUCGAUCCCCUGCGACCAAGCAGCCAAUGGCAUCGACACCACCGAUAUCUACCACAAGGUGUUCAAUCAGUAUUCGAGCCUCCCAGACCCCGAUGAUAUUCGGCCCCGGACCUCCUGGCAAGGCUUCUUCGGCCACCUGUACGGCUACGGCGCUACCUACUACAGCUACAUUUUCGAUCGGGCAAUUGCCAACAAGAUCUGGCAGGAUGUCUUCCUUUCUGGAAAGGCUGCGGUGGAUCGCGCCGCAGGUGAACGAUACAAAAACGAAGUUCUUCGCUGGGGAGGUGGCCGCACAGGCUGGCAGUGCGUCGCAGGCGUGUUGGGCGAAGAUAACCCCUCCAAUACCGACGGCCGAUUGGUCGAAGGUCGUGACGAAGCCAUGCGUGAGGUUGGCCGCUGGGGCCUCGGGAGAGACGGGGUGUCUGGCUGA